AUGUAUGACACACCAGUCGCGCUGUAUGACUUCAGCAAUACGAGAUCCUCGGACAUGCUGAUCCCUAUCAAAGCAUGGGGAACGACCAUGAGAGAAUUCUAUCCUCACAACACGGACGCUCACGCUGAGGCUGUUUUCAUCUCAGCCAAAUGCUCAAAAGGAGGUGUGGAAAUAGGAUCAGAUCGAGAAAUCGAUAAGAUAGAAGCAUGCAUAAUCUCUUACUGCGUCUUUGCAACCCACCUCUCGAAUACCGCACUGUUCUUCCCGACAGAGCUAGUAGUUGUUAAGUACACCAUCAAAAUCACAGCAUGGCAAAAUGGACUACACGUUCAUCACUCCUCUCUAACUUGUCCCUCGCAUCCAAUAUGCGAAGUUCUCCAUUACAGCCUCUGCAUAGAGAAAAUCUACAAUACUCAAUGUUGGACAAACCUUGACAUCUUGUUGAUCACAUCAAUAUGCAUCAUCUUGUUAUCAUGCUACUCUUGA